UCUCUUUGACCGUCGUUCUCUCUCUCUCUCUCUCUCUCUCUCUCUCUCUCUUAUCAUCAUCCUCAUCAUCAUCUUCUUUAUAACCUUUUCGCCGCUCUGCAAAACUCUUUAAUAUUACCGAUAAUCCCUUCUCUCUCUCUCUCUCUCUCUCUCUCUCUCACAUUACGCAUUUCCUACUUUCAGAUUCAGAUUUCCCUUGUAACUAUAAACAAACACUCCUCUCUCAAGCUUCUCUAUAAAUCCCACUCUUUACGGUUCUUCUUUUUCUAUUUCCUCGCUCUGCUUCUCCUCUUCCUCCUCCUUCUCUGGUUUCGAUUGCUUUUCCUUUCGUUGAUUUUGAUUCUUUCUUUUCUCUCGAUCGGACGGCCACGAUCUUCUCGUUCCUUCCCACCCUCCAAAUCGUACGGUCAGGUCCGCUUUUGUCAGCAGACCUUUACCUCACGUAAGUGCUACAUAAAACACUUACUUUGCCUUUUCAAAGCCGCCUUUUUUUUUUUAUAUCCCCUUUUUACUCUCUUUGUUUUUAUUUGAAAAUAGAUGACCGUAGAAUAUAUUAAUACUUAUACACGUAUUUAUGUUUGAUACGUCCCCGUUUCUGAAUCUGCUGUAACAAGCGUCUACUGUACUUGAACAAGUUGCAUUCUCUAGGCAAGGGAGACUAUGGAGCCUAAUGGUCAUAGAAGAGUGAGAAGAAGGGAGCAUAUUGUUCAUCAAAAUGGUGAUAUGAUGUCGCCAAGUGUUGGUGAUGUAGAUCCAUGGACUGCAUGGGCGUACAAGCCUCGUACUAUUUCACUAUUACUUAUUGGUGCAUGCUUACUUAUUUGGGCAAGCGGAGCCCUCAAUCCUGAAAGCAGUGUCUCUGGUGACGUGGUUACAUCCGUCAAAAGGGGUGUAUGGGCAAUGAUUGCAGUUUUCCUUGCUUAUUGCUUGCUACAGGCCCCUUCAACGGUUCUUAUAAGGCCACAUCCGGCAAUUUGGCGCUUAGUUCAUGGAAUGGCUGUAGUCUAUCUUGUUGCCCUCACAUUUUUGCUUUUCCAGAAACGUGAUGAUGCUCGACAGUUCAUGAAGUUUCUCCACCCUGACCUUGGAGUUGAACUUCCUGAAAGAUCAUAUGGUGCAGAUUGUCGCAUUUACAUGCCCGAGAAUCCCACAAGCAGGUUUAAGAAUCUUUAUGAUACUCUUUUUGACGAAUUUGUUCUAGCACAUAUAUUUGGAUGGUGGGGCAAGGCUAUACUUAUACGUAAUCAGCCACUUCUUUGGGUAUUAUCUAUUGGAUUUGAGUUGAUGGAGUUUACCUUCCGUCAUAUGCUGCCAAACUUCAAUGAAUGCUGGUGGGACAGUAUCAUUCUUGAUAUUUUGAUUUGCAAUUGGUUUGGUAUCUGGGCAGGGAUGCAUACAGUUAGGUACUUUGAUGGAAAAACAUAUGAGUGGGUUGGUAUAAGUCGACAACCAAAUAUUUUGGGCAAGGUCAAACGAACACUGGGACAAUUUACACCAGCACAGUGGGACAAAGAUGAGUGGCACCCCUUACUUGGUCCAUGGCGAUUUAUCCAAGUUCUUAGCCUUUGCAUAGUGUUCCUGACAGUGGAGCUUAACACAUUCUUUCUUAAGUUUUGUCUUUGGGUUCCUCCUCGGAACCCUGUGAUAGUGUAUAGGUUGAUAUUGUGGUGGCUAAUUGCCAUACCGACGAUUCGUGAGUACAAUUCCUAUCUCCAAGACCGGAAACCAGUGAAAAAGGUUGGGGCUUUUUGUUGGCUUUCACUUGCUAUAUGCAUCAUUGAACUUCUCAUUUGCAUCAAGUUUGGACAUGGUCUAUACCCUAAACCAAUGCCUGUGGGGUUGGUUAUCUUCUGGGCAUUUGUUGGAGUUUCCCUUCUAAUAUUCCUGAUUGUUUGGUCAUGGCACAUGCAUCGAAGUUUGGGGAGAAAGAGGCAAUGAUGAUGAUAUAGCAUGGUACGCUAUUCUUUGAUUCCUUUAUGUUCUUAUGGGUAUCCAUCAAUGUUGUAAAUACCCAUUUAUUUCAUAGAAUUGUAAAUUCUUGUUUUCUUAGGUUAAUAUGGAUCACAGUUUCUUUAUUAGAGAAUAGUCAUUUUUUUCUUGAUAGGUAUUCAGAAAUGCUUCUAACAUGCAUUCAUGGGUUACUAAUUUGCCGCUAUUAACUAAUCGGCAAAUAGCCCUAACGUAUCUGGAGCAUUAUCCAUUUUUUGAGCACAGUUUUCUGUUUCUGACUUUUGCUGGUGUGGCGAACUUUUAGACAAUGGCAAUGGAAAGCUGCAGCAAAAUGUUUAGAAA